AUGAAUUUACGACCUUAACCAGGCCAUUAGAAUAAGAAUGGAAUAAAUCCAAUAACAAAUACUCCUAUAGAUUAUGCAUAAAGAGGGAAUCAACAACCUUAUUACAAGCAACCUUAUCCAUAGCCUCCCAUAUAAUACACUCAAAAUCCGUAACAGUAUCAGAAUCCUUAUUAUAAUUAAACUCUUCCAUAAGUUGUAUAACAACCUAUGCCUGAAGCAGGAUAGAAACUACCUUUAUAGAGUGAUGCAAUAGAAUUAGAUCAUAUGAAUGGAUUUUCUGGGAGAUAUCGAGAUGUGAUACACUUGCAUCCUCAAAAGGAGUCCACAAUAGUAUAUGCAUUAGCUGGAUUAAUUGUAAUAGAAAAUUUGAAUGAUAAACAUUAACAAUUAUUUUUGAGAGGACAUGACAUGGAUAUUAGUGCAUUGACAUUAUCAAAGACUGGCAGAUAUAUAGCAUCUGGAUAGAUGGGAUCUCGAAAUGCAAAGACACCAGAAGCACCAGUCAUACUAUGGGAUUUUAAUGCAAGAAAACCAAUGCAAAUAUUCAGAGGUUUGAGAGAUGAAAUUACAAAUCUUUCUUUUUCAAGUGAUGAUAAAUUCUUAGCAGCUACUGCAUCAAACAAUAAUUUAAUAAUAUGGAAUUGUUAAGAUUAUACUAUUGUUCAUAAUAAAUUAUUAGAAGUUCCAAUAAAUCUGAUAACUUGGUGUCCUCCAAGAAGAUCAUCUACUAAACAUUCUUAAUAUUUAAUUGUCACUUCUCAAGGUUCCAAUAUCUUCUUAAAUACAAUGGAUUUUGAUGUUGCUUCUAUGCAAUAUUAACUCAAAUAAGCACCAUGUCAAUUACCUAGCAGUGGUUUAGUAAGAAAUUACACAAAAGCAGUAAUUGAUGCAAAUGGAGAUUAUUUAUAUGUUGGAACUCAUGCUGGUGAAAUUUGUAUUUUUAGUAUAUCUUCAUAAUAAGGAGGAAUAUUCAAAGCAACAAUACCUAUUAGUAAUAAUGGAGUUUUGAGCAUUAAUAUUUUUGGAAAGAAUCUUUUUGUUGGUUCUGGAGAUGGAAAGGUGAAGAAAUUGACUGGAAGUGAUACUAGAUGGAAUUUAGAAAGAGAAAUAUGUUUAGAAGGUAGAAUGAAUUCAAUAACAAUUGAUCCUAAUGGUAAUGAAUUAUUAGCAGGAACAUCAAAUGGUAGAAUCUACAGAAUAAACACUGCACAUUUAGAUUCAUCUGUACAUACUGAAGGACAUUUAUCAAGUAUAGUUGGUUUAUCAGUACCAUUANAAAUCCAAUAACAAAUACUCCUAUAGAUUAUGCAUAAAGAGGGAAUCAACAACCUUAUUACAAGCAACCUUAUCCAUAGCCUCCCAUAUAAUACACUCAAAAUCCGUAACAGUAUCAGAAUCCUUAUUAUAAUUAAACUCUUCCAUAAGUUGUAUAACAACCUAUGCCUGAAGCAGGAUAGAAACUACCUUUAUAGAGUGAUGCAAUAGAAUUAGAUCAUAUGAAUGGAUUUUCUGGGAGAUAUCGAGAUGUGAUACACUUGCAUCCUCAAAAGGAGUCCACAAUAGUAUAUGCAUUAGCUGGAUUAAUUGUAAUAGAAAAUUUGAAUGAUAAACAUUAACAAUUAUUUUUGAGAGGACAUGACAUGGAUAUUAGUGCAUUGACAUUAUCAAAGACUGGCAGAUAUAUAGCAUCUGGAUAGAUGGGAUCUCGAAAUGCAAAGACACCAGAAGCACCAGUCAUACUAUGGGAUUUUAAUGCAAGAAAACCAAUGCAAAUAUUCAGAGGUUUGAGAGAUGAAAUUACAAAUCUUUCUUUUUCAAGUGAUGAUAAAUUCUUAGCAGCUACUGCAUCAAACAAUAAUUUAAUAAUAUGGAAUUGUUAAGAUUAUACUAUUGUUCAUAAUAAAUUAUUAGAAGUUCCAAUAAAUCUGAUAACUUGGUGUCCUCCAAGAAGAUCAUCUACUAAACAUUCUUAAUAUUUAAUUGUCACUUCUCAAGGUUCCAAUAUCUUCUUAAAUACAAUGGAUUUUGAUGUUGCUUCUAUGCAAUAUUAACUCAAAUAAGCACCAUGUCAAUUACCUAGCAGUGGUUUAGUAAGAAAUUACACAAAAGCAGUAAUUGAUGCAAAUGGAGAUUAUUUAUAUGUUGGAACUCAUGCUGGUGAAAUUUGUAUUUUUAGUAUAUCUUCAUAAUAAGGAGGAAUAUUCAAAGCAACAAUACCUAUUAGUAAUAAUGGAGUUUUGAGCAUUAAUAUUUUUGGAAAGAAUCUUUUUGUUGGUUCUGGAGAUGGAAAGGUGAAGAAAUUGACUGGAAGUGAUACUAGAUGGAAUUUAGAAAGAGAAAUAUGUUUAGAAGGUAGAAUGAAUUCAAUAACAAUUGAUCCUAAUGGUAAUGAAUUAUUAGCAGGAACAUCAAAUGGUAGAAUCUACAGAAUAAACACUGCACAUUUAGAUUCAUCUGUACAUACUGAAGGACAUUUAUCAAGUAUAGUUGGUUUAUCGGUACCAUUAAAUGCAUGUGAUCUCUUUGUCUCCAUUGAUUAUGAAGGUGUAGUUAUGGUAUGGGAUAUGAAUGAAAUGCUUGUUAUUACAAGAUGUAUUCCAAUUAACAUGAACAGAGUCAAAGGAUCAUCAGUUUAUUUAGAUCCUGAUAGGACAAUCAUUUCUGGUUGGAGAGAUGGUUUUAUAAGAGCAUAUAUGAUAACUAAUAAACCAGUGUCGCCAAUCAAAUGGGAGAUAGUUAAUGCUCAUAAAGGAGCUGUAACUAGUUUAUAUAGUGAUCAGAAUUAUUAUCUCUCAGGUGGUGAGGAUAGUAUUAUUAGAGUUUGGUCAAAAACAGCAAGAUAAUUAAUUACUUAAAUAUCUAUCCACUCUAAAGAAAUAACUAAAGUAUUUCCAGAUCUCAUGAAACCAAAUUUUAUUCAUUCAUGCUCAGCUGAUAAAACUAUUUACACUUAUGAUCUCAAAACAGAUAAAAAGGUUAUUUAACACUAAUCUAGAAAUGGAGUUCUCCUUGAUAUGACUUAAAGAAAGGAUAAUGAGUUAGAGCUAAGUAAUUGUGAUUCCUUAUUAAAUGUUAGUCACUUGUGGUAUUAAUAUGCCGAUCUAAUUUUGGGAUAUUGACAUUGUAGAGCCAGUCCAAUCCAUAGAUGUUAUGAAAUUAAAUUCAAUCGCAAUCAGUCCAGAUGGAAAAAUAUUGGCUACUGGAUCAGAUUCUGGAGAGGUAAAUAAUAAUCAUAUUUUUAUAGUUAAUUUUGAUUUCAAUAUUAACUCAAUCCAUUUUGGGUAAAUAUUUAGGACAUUCAUCAGGAGUUUCGAAGGUAGCAUGGACAAGUGAUUAAAAAUAAGUAAUCACAACUAGUUAUGAUGGAACUGUAUGCUUAUGGAACAUUUAUCUAUGA